CCACGCUGAAUCAUGGCAGACGAUGACUUAGCAGCAGCCCUGGCAUUGUCCUUGGGGCAAGGAGUACCUGACAAAGCGGUGCGCCUUCAGAUUCCGGCGGACAACUCCUGCCUUUUCAACUCUGUGGCAUAUGCCAUGGAUGAUCGUGGCGACGACAAAGCAUCGGAGCUGCGCGAAACCGUGGCAGCCGUGGUGCUCUCUGACCCUGACACGUGGACCGAGGCAAUGCUGGGGAAACCGCCAGAUGAGUACGCGGAUUGGAUCCAGGAUCCUGAGCGCUGGGGUGGUGGCAUAGAAUUGGCCAUCCUCGCAGCCCACUAUUCCACGGAAAUUGCUGCUGUGGACAUCCAGACCUUGCGAGUCAGUUUCUUUGGGGAAGGUCAAGGUUUCUCCAAGCGCGCCUUUGUGAUCUACGAUGGCAUUCACUAUGAUGUCUUGGUGAGACGAGGUGGCUCAGGAGAGAAGAAACUCUUUGAGACCAGUGAUGUAGCGAUGGUUGAGCAGGCCAAAGAAGUUGCCAAGGAAGCUCAAACCGCUCGCAACUUCACUGAUGUAGCCAACUUUACCCUUCGUUGCCUGGUGUGCCAAAAAGGUUUGAAAGGCCAAAGCGAUGCUGUGGAACACGCCAAGGCAAGUGGCCAUACCAACUUUGCAGAGUACUGAGCUCGGGCAAACGUUGAGGGCGCUGUGAAAGAUCGCAAGCGGUCGCAAGCGGAGCCGCAAGCGGAGCAGCGGAGAAA